CCAAUGUUUUGUCGCUAUGGUUUAAUAAAAUGUUAAGAGCAUAUAUGGAUGAGGAUAUAUGCUGCUUCAAUGCCAUCAAGCAAAUGUGCGAGUGGUUUCAGACAAUGAUGUCAACUGAAUCAUCGGAUAUAUGUAACAAUAUAAAGACUAUCGUGACGGACGCACAGCAGUUUGUAACAGAUUACAAGGACCAUUUACUAAGAAGAGAUGAACGUAUGGUCCAUGGAACUGUAUAUAUGUUGUUUGAAAUGGUCAAAGUUUUUUUUGAAGAAAGUGGAAAAAAUGAGAAUCGCAGUACUCUGAAGACAAGUGCAGCAGUUGCCGUUAAUCUUCUUUUCCAAGUGCUUUCCGUACUCAAGGAAAUUACUGCGGUUUCAACAAAACUGCAUGUGCGCGUUUCAACCCUGAUUCAGCAGAUGAGCGACAUGUCCGCAUUUGUAUGCGAAAAUGUCACUGACACAUUUAUAGGAAUUAGCGAAACUAUGACCUUUAUAUGCUUACACUAUUUAAAAUUGUAUAACGAAAGUCCAAUAAAGGAAGAGCAGAUGCCUCAAUGGCUCAAGGAGACUAUUCUGCAUAUUUGCGAUACGAUCCUAAACCUCUUGGAACCAGUUUUUAAAAAGGUUGCACUUUCUAUACCCAUUGAAAAACUAGAAGAAUUGGUCGUACUUAUUCAUAAAUAUUUAUUGAUGCUGCAUGAGAUAAUCAGUGGUGUCGUUACCCCAAUAGACGAAGAAGUUUUACAAGCACUAAUUGAACUCCUCGGUGAAACAAAACCAUGUCAUAACCUUGGCAAGGAUAUACCUUUACUUUUAUCCACAUACAUUACCCCGUAUGUGAUUAAUGUAAUCGGAAUUGUUUAUUCCUAUGAUGAUUUUCAAAAGUAUUUAAUCUCCUGCCUGAAAGAUUCUAUUCAAUCGAAAGUAGAAUAUUUUUACGUAUGCAUUGGCUUUAUAACAGCGGUAUCCAAAGACGCAGCGGAAAUCAACGAAAGUACCUGCAAAACCAUAGAAAGAAUUUUUGAAUACUUGUUCAAAGAUGCCUCCAAUUUUGUAAAUUGCGAGAAGUACGAUCUCAUUAUUGAAAGCUAUGCUACUUUGUUGUUUUUGGGAGAAAGUUAUUUUCUGUUUUGUUAUUUUUUCAUGGGAUUGUUUGAAGAGGACAUUAUCUUGGCCCAAGCGUGUGCCGAUGUACUUAUGUUAUGUUUUCGCCUAAAGGAAGUAAACCAGUCCUGGAACCAAAGCGAAAUUGAAAAGGCUUUAAGUUUCUGGAAUAAAUGCAACAACACCUAUUCAAUGUUUUCUCAACAACCAAGUCAAUGGCAUGUUCAGCGUUUUCUUAAAUACUUUCAUCGAAUAGGAAAAAAGGAGUUACCCGACUUUAACAUGGAAAACUUUCGGUACAUAUCCGCAGUGCCUCCUUCACAAAUGGGAAACAAGUUGUUACAGUGCUUGGAAAAUUGUUCUUCUGAUCCGCCAACUCAACCGGAAGUCUACUACGAAAUGGCGGGAAUUCUUGACUUGUUAGCUCAACAGAACAACGUAGAUUGUUCAAAGUGGUUUUUACGCUCCUUUGAAAUGGCCAAAGAGCUUCUAAGCAACGGCAAGUCUAUGGUGUUUUUCGAGAGUUACUUCAAGCUUCUUGCCAAAGAAAACAAAGCCACACAAUUAGUAAUAUUACGAGGCCUGCCGCCGUUAAUUGGAGACGCCUGCUGGAAUCAGCAGAAGUUCAUAUUUACCUGCAAAGCCAGCGACGACCCGCAAUUGAAAGCUUUUAGUGCUCGACUUUCUAUUGGAAAUAAUAUACAGUCUAUUUUAGACGCCAUGUUUCGGCAAAAUACAUCUGUGGACACAUCUGUGGAUCUGUGGUCUUCUGGCCAAGACCUGAGUAUAGAAAGUAUUGCUCGACAGAAGCAUGAAUGCUCAGUUUCUAGUUUGAAACGUAAGCGAUCUGAUGAUUCCGCAAAAGAAAUUUUAAAAGUAAUGUACGAGAAAUCAACGCAAUUUCGCCAAAGCAACUUGUCCAGUUUGGAAGCUGCUGACUGGGAUCGUGUUAAGGAUAUAGUGGUUUGUUUGACAAGCAUUUGCAACGAAAAAAAUAAUUAAACAAAAUAAAAAAAAAGAAUUGAUUUUAAGGUA